AUGGCUAGAACUAAGCAAACAGCAAGAAAGUCUACUGGUGGUAAAGCACCAAGAAAGCAAUUGGCCUCCAAGGCUGCCAGAAAGUCUGCGCCAUCUACCGGUGGUGUCAAGAAGCCUCACAGAUAUAAGCCUGGUACCGUUGCCCUAAGAGAAAUCAGAAGAUUCCAAAAAUCCACUGAGCUUUUGAUCAGAAAGUUGCCUUUCCAAAGAUUAGUGCGUGAAAUCGCACAAGACUUCAAAACCGACUUGAGAUUCCAAUCUUCCGCCAUCGGUGCCUUGCAAGAAUCUGUCGAAGCUUACCUAGUUUCGCUAUUCGAAGACACUAACUUGGCUGCCAUCCACGCCAAGCGUGUGACCAUUCAAAAGAAGGACAUCAAAUUGGCUAGAAGAUUGAGAGGCGAAAGAUCCUAA